ACAAAGGCGCACCUCUCUUCCUUCCUCCUCCUUUAUACAUUAGUCUUUCGCUCUUCCCCACACCAAUCAUCAUCAACCAACUACUUGUUAGUCAUAUUUCAUACAGUAGAGAGAGAGAGAGAGAGAGAGAGAGAGCAUGAGUAAUGGAAUAGUGGAGAGGGCUCUGUCCAGCCUCGGCCGAGGGUUCGACUUGACCUCCGAUUUCAGGCUCAAGUUCUGCAAAGGCGAGGAGAGACUAGUCCAGCUCAAUGAAACGGAGAAGAGGACGUUGGUGAUCCCCGGCUUCGGGCCUGUACACAACGUCCCUGCCGACAUAAGAUGCGACAAGGGCGAUCGUAGCCGGUACCAAUCCGACAUCCUCGAAUUCAGCAAGAUGUCGGAAUUCUUCAACCAGAAAUCUGCGGUGCCGGGAAAGAUCCCCUCAGGGAUGUUCAACUCGAUGUUCGGGUUCCACAGCAACUGCUGGGCAAACGACGCGGCGGAGAUCAAGUACUUGGGCCUCGACGGCUAUUUCAUCGUGCUGUUCAACCUCCACAUCGACCGUUACCCGCUCGUCCUCUCCGACGAAGUCUGCGACGCGGUUCCUUCCACUUGGGACCCCUCGGCUCUCGCGAGAUUUAUAGAGAAAUAUGGGACCCACGUGAUAGUCGGACUAGGGGUUGGAGGUCAGGACGCCGUGGUGGUGAGGCAGGACAGGUCGUCCAACAUGGCACCGUCGGAUCUGAAGAAGCACUUGGACGACCUGGGCGAUCAGCUCUUCACUGGGGCUUGCCCUUUCGCCCCUUUCCAUUCCAAGACCAAGGAGUCUAAACACAACAAGACGCCGCAAGCCUUCAAUCUGUUCGAUCCGCAGGCGAUCACCGCCUUCGACGGCCUGCCGACCUGCAGCUCCCAAGAUGGAAUCACGGUGAUCAGCUCGAAGAGAGGAGGGGAUCCGACGGCGGAGAGCCACUGCGAAUGGCUCCUGACCGUCCCUUCGAUGCCGGACGCCAUCCACUUCAGCUUCAUCCCCAUCACUUCUCUCCUCAAAGGCGUCCCUGGCAGCGGCUUCCUGUCCCACGCCAUCAACCUCUACCUCCGCUACAAGCCUCCGCUACCUGAUCUGCAGUCCUUCCUGGAGUUCCAAACCCACAAGCUUUGGGCUCCCAUCCACAACGACCAGCCUCUUGGUCCAACCACCAAUAGAGCCACUUCAUCACCUUCCCUCAGCUUCAGCUUGAUGGGACCAAAGCUGUACGUUAACACUUCCCAGGUUAUAGUAGGGAAGAGACCUGUCACGGGGAUGCGGUUCUUCCUGGAGGGGAUGAAAUGCAACAAGCUAGCCAUACACCUGCAACACCUCGCCAGCACUCCGUCCAUGCUCGAGGGCUUGGUAGACGACACGCCGAUGUGGCAAGGAUCGGAGGACGCUGCUGCCGGUGAUGCCUACUUCGAAGGCAUACAAGGGAAGAGGUUCUCUCACGUGUGCGUUGCCCCAAUUGAAUACGUGCCGACGGAUAGCACGUCCAAGAAGGUGGCCUACAUCGUGACGGGCGCCCAACUUCAAGUGAAGAAGCACGAUUCAAAGAACGUACUCCAUCUCCGGCUCCGCUUCUCCAAGGUCUCGAACUCGUUCGUAGCACAAUCUAACUGGGACCGAGGGUCCAAGUACUCCCAAAAGUCGGGUUUGCUCUCGGCGAUUAGCACAUCCCUCACGGGAAACAUUGCCGCCAAAGAGAAAAGGGUGGCAAUACACAUGGACUCCAGCGUGUACCCGACGGGCCCGCCUGUGCCGGUGCAAACGCAGAAGCUUUUGAAAUUCGUGGAUACGUCACAACAUUGCAAGGGGCCUCAAGAUAGCCCGGGGCAUUGGCUAGUGACUGGAGCUAAGUUGGAUUUGGAGAAGGGGAAGAUUUGCGUGCAUGUCAAGUUCUCUUUGUUGAACCUAACUACUGGAAUUUGAAGAACAACACAAGCGUAAAGAUUUAAGUAUAAGCCUAUUAUGGAAAUAUACAAAAAGAGGAAGAGAAAAGCAUCUACUCUCCAUGGAGCAGCUGAAGCUUCUUUGAUGCCGCAA